GAGUGGAAUGUUUAUAGAUUGAAUGUUUGUGUGGGGUAGAGUCCCUGACACUGCGCGGCAAAAGCGAGCAGCAAAACAAAAGCAUGUGGACGUAAUUUUCAACAAAGGGUUGCAGUGUGUCCAGAGUCUACCCAGAAUCAUUGGGUGCAGGGCAGGAACACCCCCUGGACAGGGUACCAGUCCGUCACAGGGUUGUUACAGAGGAACCUCAACUUCAGCACCCGACCAUGGGGCUCCGGUCAACUCAGAAGAAGCACUUCCCCCUCAGAGGCAUCGAUGGAGUUGUGCAGCUUUUCGAGGCAGAGCUGGCGAACCCUGAGCCAGACCUGGCCCUGCUGUCUCUGGUCCUGGGCUUUGUGGAGCACUUUUUGGCUGUCAACCGGGUGGUUCCCUUCAACGUGCCUGGCGUGCGCUUUGAACCUCUGAAAGGAGACUGUCUUAACUCUUGCUUCCCCACUGUAGAGCUAGGGUUAAUUUCUGCACUUCAUGAACGCUUCACAGCACAGAUCCGUGGUGCAGUGGACCUGUCAAUGUACCGAAAGCCUGCUGGUGGAUCGAGUAGGGAGCUGGUCAAGAAGGUGUCGGAUGUGAUCUGGAACAGCCUGAGCCGAUCGUACUUCAAGGACAGAGCCCACAUUCAGUCGCUGUUUAGUCUCAUAACAGGCACAAAGUUGGACAGUUCUGGCGUGGCGUUUGCAGUGGUAGCUGCGUGUCAAGUUCUGGGACUCAAGGAUGUCCACCUGGCGCUCUCUGAGGACCAUGCCUGGGUGAUCUUUGGCAAAGGGGGUGAGGAGACUGCUGAAGUAACAUGGCAUGGAAAAGGCAAUGAAGACCGAAGAGGCCAGACUGUCACAGCUGGAGUCAAUGAGAGGAGCUGGUUGUAUUUGAAAGGUUCCUACAUGAAGUGUAACCGUAAUAUGGAGGUUGCAUUUAUGGUUUGUGCCAUCAACCCCUCUUUAGAUCUGCACACAGACAGCAGUGAGCUGCUGCAGCUUCAGCAGAGGCUGCUUUGGUUGCUGUAUGAGCGAGGAGACUUGGAGAGAUAUCCUAUGUCAAUGGGCACUCUGGCUGACCUUGAAGAUCAGGAACCUAUGUCUGGGAAGGGGGACCCACUUUCAAUUCAUCUCAAGGCUGUGGAGUCGGCAAAGAAGUACUACAACAACGAGCACAUCUAUCCGUUCAUGUACCUGGCUGGAUACCACUACAGACACAGAAACGUGCGGGAGGCUUUGGGGGCCUGGGCUGAAGCUGCUUCUGUUAUGCAAGAUUACAACUACUGCCGAGAGGAUGAGGAAAUCUAUAAGGAGUUUUUUGACAUUGCUAAUGACGUCAUUCCCACACUGCUUAAAGAGACAGCUGGUCCUGCUGAAAGCGGAGGAGAGGGCACUGAGGGAGCAGAAAAGGACCAACCAAGACAGGCUGCAGCUUUCUCUGCCCUACAGGACCCAGAAUGCUUUGCACAUCUUUUGCGUUUCUAUGAUGGAAUCUGUAAGUGGGAAGAAGGAAGUCCCACACCUGUGCUUCAUGUGGGCUGGGCCACCUACCUCGUUCAGUCUCUCAGUCGAUUUGAUGCGCAGAUAAGACAGAAAGUGGCUAUUAUCACCAAAGAGGCAGAACCGCAGGAAGACGAUGAUCAGUCCAGCGAUGACCCUCGUGAGGGACGCAGGAGAGGCCCGAGGCGUGAGUCCAAACCUGAAGAACAAGCAGGAACCUCUCCACCUGCAGGGCCUGUACCUGCCACUCCACCUGCCCAGCCUAGCCAGCCCGGGCAGCCCAAAAAAGUGGGGGGAGAAGGAGGCCGUCGUCGAUCUUCAGCUGGAGCUCGUGGUAAAGAGACUGAUGGAAAGAAUGAACCUCCUUCCCCUGGUCCAGCACCUUCCUCUCCUCAGCCUGUGGCAGCACCUAGUGGGCCACUGGUUACUUUCCACAGUGAGAAGAUGAAGGGCAUGAAGGAGCUGCUUUCUGCAGCCAAGAUUAACUCCAGCGCCAUCAAACUACAGCUCACCGCUCAGUCACAGGUCCAGAUGAAGAGGCAGAAACCCACAGCCUCCGGGGAUUACACCCUGUCCUUCAUGAAACGCCCUCGCAAGACUCUCUAGGAAGUUCUUUAUUUAAAGAAUUUGAUUUCUGCUUAGUUUCACCUCAAAUCGACCUCUAUAGCUUGCUUCAUUCAUGGAGUAGGAUACAAAUAUUGUCAAGUUGAAGGUGGGAACCAGUGCUGGUUCACUAAGCUGUCCAUCUUGUACCAACACUGACUGUUGAUUUGAUUAAUUGCGGUAAAGCGGGGUUCACCAGUUACAGUGGUUCCAAACUUUCACAAAAUUCAUCUGCUGUUUAUUUUGUAAUGUCAUGAAGUCAUUCACUGUUUCUAACUAGAUAAACGCGUAACUGUCUUGUGACCCUUCAGGACUAGAGUUGGAAAAUUCUGCUGUAAGGUUAGAGAUUAAUUAUGAUGCCUUAUUUUUAUAUAAUUCAAUUAAGUGGCGAAAGUGAAAUGUAAAGUUACCACACCAAAGUCCAGUCGUGUUUUACAUGCUGUUUUUUUUCUUCUUUCUUUUCUUCCCUUUGAUAGCCUGCUUUCAUAAAGCCUCUGAAAUCUUUGUUCAGCCCAGUAAACUGUUACAGAGUUUACAUUAGCAUGUAUGGACAAGUGACACAUGCUAGUCUUUGCUGUGCUUGCUUUCAUUUCUUCUUAUUCAUUGCCAGCCAUAUUAGUUUGAAGCUUUUUUUGCUUCUUAGGAGGCCUUUAGUGCGAAUUUCGUUAAAGCAAGUGUCCUUUUUUGAGGGACAGUAAGCUUGUAGAAUGGCCUUUACCACUCUGUUCUGAUCAAUGUUGAAUGGUCUUUGGUUUAUAAUAAAGACAUUCUGAAAUUC